GGGGAGGGAGGGGUACGUGAAAGAAAGAGAAGAACCAAGGAAGGACGCGCGCAAAGGAAAAGGAAUCUCAUCGAUGGCUUCGUUCGGCGACGCCCCGGCCGGCAACGCGGCGAGCGGCGACAAGAUCUUCCGGACCAAGUGCGCGCAGUGCCACACCGUCGAGCGCGGCGGCGCCCACAAGCAGGGGCCCAACCUCAGUGGUCUCUUCGGCCGCCAGUCCGGCACCACCGCCGGAUACUCCUACUCCGCCGGCAACAAGAACGCGGCCGUCGUCUGGGGAGAAUCAACACUCUACGACUACCUCCUCAACCCCAAGAAGUACAUCCCUGGUACGAAGAUGGUGUUCCCGGGCCUCAAGAAGCCGCAGGAGCGCACCGACCUCAUCGCAUACCUCAAGGAAUCCACCGCCUAACUUCGUCGUCCACCAUCUUAACCCGGUCUCGUUUAUUUUCGGUCAUUCGUUAAUGGAACUAGUAGCUGGAGCGCC